AUGGUUGCCACACGUUCCCAGAAGCGCAAGGCCGAGGAUGUCGAGCCUCAAGACCCGGCUCCUGUCUCUACCGUCCGCCCUAUCAAUAUUGUUCUCGUCAAGGGCGUCAGGGGCGGCAAACGCCCCAAGAUAGCCCGCGGCGACGACGACCAACUCACUGUGCCAGCACCACCAGCCACAGUGCUUCGCCACAGCAAGCUCAAAAAGCUUGUUAUUCGCAACAAGAGCUCAGAGAAUCAGUCCAUGUACCCCAUGGUAAUUCCUGUCAUCUUUCGUGGUGGCAAGGCUGAAGAGCCUGAAGAAAAACCGUUCGGAUUCACUUUCCGGUGUGUCCUUCACCCCAAGAGCCCCGACACCAAGGAGAGUGUUCUGCCCGCUCAGAAGCCGACCCAUGGUGCAGUCCAGAAGAAGAAGAUUGCCCCAAAGCUGGUGAAGGCAUAA